AUGUCUCGCAACGUGAUGGCCCAUGACUUUGGGUCUGAUGAGGAGGACGAUGACUUCAACCCCGCCCCGGCGGAUGACUCUGGAGAUGAGGAUACAAAGGUUUGUUCCGGUAGGGGGGUUGCGCAUCGCGGUCGGGACGAUGAUGAUGACGACGACGAUGACGAGGAUGAUGUGAACACUGGGCGUACUGCACGGCAUCGUGCUGGCAGUGAGGAUGACACCAGAGGGAGGGCCGAUGAUGAAGAUGAGGAGGGCGAGAACGAUGAGGAAGAUGAGGAAGGAGAGGAAGAAGAUGAAGACGAGGAGGAAGAGGAAGAAGACGACGAUGAGGACGCUAAUGCUGGACGUCCCCGGAAGCGCAGACGGAAGGCCGGUGUGCACUCUUUCUUCGAAGAAGAGGCCGGUGUCGAUGAGGAUGAGGACGAGGCCGAGGAUGAUGAGGAUGAACUGGCUGAAUUUGGCGGGGAGAUGCACCCGGAUGACAUGGACGCCCUUCCGGUUGGCGCUGAAACGGAUGACCGCCGACACAGACAGCUUGAUCGUCAGCGUGAACUGGCGGCUAGUAUGGAUGCAGAGAAGCAGGCUCAGAUGCUCAAGGAGCGGUAUGGACGGAACCGCGCCGCGGCCACUGAUGCUGUUGUUGUUCCGAAGCGACUGCUUCUUCCCAGUGUCGACGAUCCCAGCAUCUGGGGUGUUCGCUGCAAAGCUGGCAAGGAACGUGAAGUCGUGUUUGCAAUCCAGAAGCGUAUAGAAGAGCGACCGCCGGGCUCUCGAAACCCCAUCAAGAUCAUGUCGGCUUUUGAGCGUGGAGGUGCUAUGACCGGGUACAUCUACGUCGAGGCGCGCAGGCAGGCCGAUGUCAUGGAAGCCCUACAGGACAUGACGAACGUCUAUCCGAGAACGAAGAUGAUCCUUGUUCCAGUGAGAGAGAUGCCUGACCUUCUUCGAGUUCAGAAGUCCGAGGAGCUCAUGCCUGGAGGCUGGGUUCGUAUCAAGCGUGGUAAAUACCAGGGUGAUCUGGCGCAGAUUGAGGAGGUCGAGACAAAUGGUUUGGCCGUGACUGUGAGAUUGGUUCCUCGUUUGGACUACGGCUUGAACGAGGACAUUGGUGCGCCUGUUGUCGAUCCCAAGAGGAAACGCCCUGGCGUGAACCCAGCCGUUGCCCGUCCUCCCCAGCGUGCAUUCAGCGAGGCAGAGGCCAAGAAGAAGCAUGCGAAGUACCUAUCUGCUACGUCUGGUUUGGGUGGAAAGUCGUGGAACUACCUCGGCGAGACGUAUGUGGACGGCUUCUUAAUCAAGGACCUGAAGGUUCAACAUCUGAUUGCGAAGAGUGUGAACCCUCGGCUUGAGGAAGUCACCAUGUUUGCUCGAGGCUCCGAGGAUGGCACUUCGAAUCUGGAUCUGGCUUCCUUGGCCGAAACGCUCAAGAACUCUACCGCCGAAGAUUCUUAUCUCCCUGGAGACCCGGUUGAAGUGUUCCGGGGUGAACAGCAGGGUUUGAUUGGUCGGACAAGCUCUACUCGUGGAGACAUCGUCACUAUCUUGGUGACAGAGGGUGACCUGGCUGGACAGACGAUUGAUGCGCCUGUCAAGUCGCUCCGCAAGCGCUUCAGAGAGGGUGACCAUGUCAAGGUCAUCGGUGGUAGUAGAUACCAGGAUGAGUUGGGUAUGGUGGUCCAGGUCAAGGACGACACUGUGACUCUACUUAGCGACAUGAGUAUGCAGGAAAUCACAGUUUUCAGCAAGGAUCUCCGACUCUCUGCGGAGACGGGUGUUGAUGGCAAACUGGGGAUGUUCGACGUCCAUGACUUGGUACAAUUAGAUGCUGCUACUGUUGCUUGUAUUGUCAAGGUUGACCGAGAAUCGCUGCGGGUGUUGGAUCAGAACGGUUCGAUUCGUACGAUUCUGCCUACGCAAGUGGCGAACAAGAUCACGCCUCGUAAAGAUGCAGUGGCUACCGAUCGUAAUGGUGCCGAGAUUCGCCAUGGAGAUACGGUCCGAGAGGUCUAUGGAGAACAGAGGAACGGCGUGAUUCUUCACAUCCACCGCUCAUUCCUGUUCUUGCAUAACAAGGCGCAGGCUGAGAACUCGGGCAUUGUCGUUGUGCGCACCACCAACGUGGUGACGGUCUCCGCCAAGGGGGGUCGCGCCACAGGUCCCGAUCUUACCAAGAUGAACCCGGCUUUGAUGAGAAACGGGGCACCGGGAAACAUGAUGGGCCCUCCCCAGAGGAGUUUCGGGCGUGACAGGAUGAUCGGCAAGACGGUCAUGGUGCGCAAGGGACCUUUCAAGGGUCUUGUUGGUAUCGUCAAGGACUCGACUGAUGUCCAAGCCCGCGUGGAACUGCACUCGAAAAACAAGUUGGUUUCCAUUCCCAAAGACAUUCUCGUCGUCAAGGACCCUGUUACCGGUCAGACGAUAGACAUGGGUCGUGGCCGCGGUGGACCGCGUGUCCCGCAUGGUGGAUCUGGAGGGCCUCCCUCUGCCUGGCAGGGUGGUCGUACCCCCAUGGGAGCUGGAGACUCAUCUAGGACCCCCGCCUGGGGUGGUGCCUCGUCCGCCAGAACACCUGCCUGGACCGGCCUGGGUGGCUCUCGUACACCGGCCUGGAAGCAAGACGGCUCCCGAACCUCUAAUCCAUACGAUGGCAGCCAUACCGCCUACGGAGGCUAUGGCUCACGCACGCCCGCCUGGAACGCCGGCGCACGCACUCCUUAUGUCGGUUCAGGAAACAGUGAUUUCGAUGCCUUCGCUGCAGGCUCCCGGACUCCGGCCUGGGGCUCCGCAAACGCCGGCAACCGCACGCCCGCCUGGUCUGGAGCCUCGGCCAGCAACGGCACCAAAGACCGUGGCUACGAUGCCCCAACACCGGGAGGCUACUCCGCUCCUACGCCCGGUGCCUAUGGAAGCGCUCCCACACCCGGCGUUUCGGCGCCCACGCCUGGAGCUUGGGCGGACAGUGCCCCUACUCCAGGUGCCUUCAACGCCCCUACACCGGGCGACGCGUCCAAGAGACCCUACGACGCACCUACGCCUGCUGCCUUCGAUAGCGGUAGUCGUCCAUAUGACGCUCCCACCCCAGCCAUGGGCGGUGCCGCUGCAACCCCAGGUGCAGGUGCAUACGGUGACGGUGACGAUGGUCCGCGAUAUGAAGAGGGGACGCCCAGUCCUUGA